UUAGUACUGUAAGGUUCACUGUGAAAGUAUCCUAAAUUGGGUAUUAUUUCACAACAUUAAUUCAUAUUUUAAUUGAUUCUAUUAUGUUACGAGGAAUAGUGGCAACACCGCUCUUGAGGGAGACUGACAUUUGAUUGACAGAAGGGAAUAGAUGUCAGGCGAGAUGUCAGAAAAAGGAGGGAAUUGGGUUUUUGGGAUGAAAAAUGGUGGUUUGAGCUGUGGAUUAUAAAAAUGUAAUUUAUUGCUAAAACUAUGAAUAAUGCUGAAAGUCAUGGAAAUAAACCUAUAUCGUGUACAUUUGGUGGUUUUACUACAGAUCAGAAGCGUUGGAGACGAGACGAGAAAACUGGACCACCCAAGAUAUAUGGGAUGCAGCAGAUGCAGUUGAAGAUGGACAAAGAUGAGGCUGCGGUGCGGCUGUGCCUGGGGUGCGGCUGGGGCUGUGCCUGCGGCUGCGGUGGUGCGGCUGGGGUUGCCAGCGUCUACAUGUCCGGGUGCAGGCCUGGAGUUGGAGCCGUGGUGACAGCGGCUGUCAGGGCUGUCAACAUCAAUAUCAACCGGAUCAAGGCUGGAGGAACAGUGGAGGAGAUGGCUAUCAGUGGUGUCGGUACCCAGACCGAAGACACCAGACCAUACCAUACCAGACCAUACCAUACCAGACUGAGGCGGGAGUCUGAACUUCGGUUCGCAUGCUCAAUGGCCGACGGGCGGCAGUGGCGACGCUGUCAUCAACAGGACUGGAGCUACAUCUACAGUUGCAUGAUCACCAUGAUAUAAGGAGCACCGAACUGGGUGUUAUUUACAUAUUAUUUAGUUAGUUUUGAUCAGGUGCAUAAAGUUACUUGUAAUGUAGGUUAAUAAAGGUAUGAGGUACCUAUGUUAUGGUUAUAAGGAAAGGGAAAAUUAAUUUGAAACCUGGAUGAAUUCCAUGGCAUUGGUAUUGUUAUUAAUUUUGAAUGAUGGUUGCACAGUUAUCUUGGAAUGUUUUAUUUAUACUUAAUUGCUUUUUGAUAUAGGUAGUGAUUUUGGAGGUUUUACAGUUGCUUCAAGUUUGAUAAUGGAAUGUUCAUUUGAGGAAGUCUUGAUGGUUUUGAUUGCAUUGACUGUGAGUGUGAGUCACAGAAGGGUUGCACUGGAGGAGUAAUUAAUUUGUUGGUCGGGCUUUGUAUAUUAUUCCAAUGUAAAAAGGGAAUCUUGCGCAUAAUAAUUGCGCAUAAUAACUAAUUUUGAUAUGGAAUUGGAGUAAAGUUACAUUAGGUAUAAAAGUACCUAAGUGCUUUGUUCUCUUUUGUGGUGUACCUAUAUUAAACCGAAACGAUAAUUAUAUUCUUAGAGUCCUCCUCUUAAAAUAUGUCAUGUGAUAUGGUGUCAUGGGUGCUAUAAUUCAUUUUGUGAUUGAAUUGAAUGAUUCUUUGUUUCAUAAAUGUACCCAGUUUUACAAGGGCAUCAUUUGAUUUUGAUUCAUUAUCUAAAAUAUUUGAUAUACCUACCUACUUCAGCUAAUGACAUUUACUUGAAAGGAACAUUGUUGUUGCUUGCAGUAUUGGUGGGGAAUAAGGUGGUAAAGAAGGAAAUAAAGUGACCUGGCAGGGACUGAUGUCCGGCAGGGCCACCCGUUCUCGACCACGUUGAAGGGUUCACGUACCUUCUGUAGACCUUUAGUAUGUCUACCCACUCACAUAGAGGUUAUUGUUGAGUGGGCCUGUUGAUUCCAUGAAGAUGGGGUAGGUGGAAGCAAAUCUUGUAUCCAGCAUCUGUGUAGUAGGUACCUAUCAGUCAGCUGUGGUCGACGGACUUGAAUGACGCUAUGUCCUAACAAGUAUUCAGUAGGUACCUACAUACAUUUACUUGAGUUUAAAAUUCCUAAGCCAUUAUUGAGUCUGUUUGCAAUGAUUUCAAAUGAAGCUACAAUACGGAAUACUGUAUGCCUUUUGUCAUUGCCUUGCGAUUCUGGGACUGUGUGUCAUAAAUACUUAUAUGUUGCAUUUCAAGUGUUAUAGUUGGAUCUAAUAAUUUUAU